AUCGGAAGAAAGAACGGUAAAAGAAAAGGAAGAAAGAGAAGAAAAAGAGAGGAAACGGAUCGGGAGAGCGGUGGGGCGAUCAAGCUCUCGAGGAUGGAGCAGAGGGCUGGCGGGCUUGUCCACUGACAAAGAAGGCCGCAAGCGAAAUCAACAUUCAAUAGCUCUUCCAUUCAAAGUUUCGGGGAUCACUACGCACUCUUAGACCCCUUCCUCGCUUCAGGGAAGUAAGCAGUCGGAGUCGGCGCCGGCGACCUGAAUUCCGGAGUCGUCAGAGUAAGUGUAGAAAAGAAAGAGGCUUAUGUGAUCUCCAGUUUUUUACAUCAAGAAUUGGCAUUCUCAGCUCCGAACGUUUGAAAAUGGACAAGUCUAGUGCGUUGGAGUACAUAAACCAGAUGUUCCCCACAGAGGCAUCUUUAUCUGGGGUUGAGCCUCUUAUGCAAAAGAUUCACAGUGAGAUACGCCGAGUGGAUGCUGGGAUACUUGCAGCUGUUCGUCAACAGAGCAAUUCCAGAACCAAAGCCAAGGAAGAUCUUGCUGCUGCUACACGGGCUGUGGAGGAACUCAUGUUCAAGAUUCGAGAAAUAAAGACAAAAGCUGAGCAGAGCGAAACAAUGGUCCAGGAAAUAUGCCGUGACAUUAAGAAGUUGGACUUUGCAAAGAAGCACAUAACGACCACAAUAACUGCACUUCACCGUCUUACUAUGCUAGUGUCUGCAGUCGAGCAGUUGCAAGUAAUGGCUUCGAAACGAAAUUACAAAGAAGCAGCUGCCCAGCUGGAGGCUGUAAAUCAGUUGUGUAGUCACUUUGAAGCCUACAGGGACAUACCAAAGAUCACAGAGCUCAGGGAGAAGUUCAAAAAUAUCAAACAAAUUCUCAAAUCUCACGUAUUUUCUGAUUUCUCAAGCCUGGGCACCGGGAAAGAGACGGAAGAAACAAAUUUGCUGCAGCAGUUAUCUGAAGCAUGCUUGGUGGUUGAUGCUUUGGAGCCAUCUGUGAGAGAAGAGUUGGUUAAUAAUUUCUGUAGCAGGGAGCUUACUUCAUAUGAGCAGAUCUUUGAAGGAGCUGAAUUGGCUAAGCUGGAUAAAACUGAACGGCGGUAUGCAUGGAUUAAGCGCCGGAUAAGAACAAAUGAGGAGAUAUGGAAGAUUUUCCCUCUUUCAUGGCAUGUUCCCUAUCGUCUGUGUAUCCAGUUCUGUAAGAAGACAAGGAAACAACUAGAGGGAAUACUUGAAAAUCUCAAGGAUAAGCCGGAUGUUGGAGCUCUCCUACUGGCUCUGCAACGAACUUUAGAAUUUGAGGAUGAAUUGGCUGAGAAAUUCGGAGGUGGUUCUCAAAAGGAGUUUGGAAAUGAGAUAGAAGAGAUAGGUAGAGAAAAUCACAAUCAAAGUGUUUCAGAUAUUCGGAAAAAGUAUGAAAGAAAGCUGGCUGUACAUCAGGAAGAUGAAGGCCAAGAAAAAGAUGGAAAUAAAGAUUUGUCAGCACCCGGUGCCGGGUUUAAUUUCCGUGGAAUCAUCUCAUCUUGCUUUGAACCCCAUCUAACUAGCUAUGUGGAGCUAGAGCAGAAGACACUGAUGGAGAAUCUAGAAAAACUUGUUCAGGAAGAAAAGUGGGAUAUUGAAGAGGGCAGUCAGAAUAAUGUUUUAUCUAGUAGCAUGCAGUUGUUUCUCAUCAUCAAGAGGAGCUUAAAACGUUGCAGUGCUCUAACAAAGAGCCAGACAUUACUCAAUCUAUUCAGGGUAUUUGAAAAAAUUCUAAAAGCUUAUGCUUCAAAGCUCAAGGCAAGAUUGCCCAAGGGUGGUGUGGGAAUUGUUGCAGCAGCUACUGGUAUGGAUGGACAAAUAAAGACGUCCGAUAGAGAUGAGCGGGUGAUUUGCUAUAUCGUCAAUUCAGCCGAAUACUGCAGAAAAACUUCAGGUGAACUGGCUGAAAGCGUGUCGCGAAUAAUCGAUCCUCAACUUGCAGCUGGAGCAGAUAUGUCGUCAGCAGAAGAAGAGUUUUCUGGGCUUAUAACAGAGGCAUUGAUGACCUUGGUGCAUGGCCUAGAAACCAAGUUUGAUAUUGAAAUGGCAGCCAUGACACGUGUUCCCUGGGCUACACUUGAAAGUGUUGGCGAUCAAUCUGCGUAUGUCAAUGGUAUAAAUAUGAUCCUUACCAGCAGCACUCCUGUACUGGGGAGCCUCCUAGCACCAGUUCACUUCCAGUACUUCUUGGACAAGCUUGCAUCCUCUCUUGGUCCCCGCUUCUACACCAACAUUUUCAAAUGCAAACAAAUAUCUGAAACUGGAGCACAACAGAUGCUUUUAGAUACUCAAGCCGUGAAGACAAUUCUUCUGGAGAUUCCAAUGCUUGGUCAACAGAUGUCUAGUGCUGCUAGCUAUUCAAAGUUUGUGAGCCGGGAAAUGAGUAAAGCUGAAGCACUUUUGAAGGUUAUACUAUCGCCAGUGGAUUCUGUGGCUGAUACGUAUCGAGCAUUAUUACCAGAUGGAACACCAAUGGAGUUCCAGCGGAUUUUGGAGCUCAAGGGUCUUAAAAAGGCGGAUCAGCAAACUAUAUUGGACGACUUCAACAAGCAAAGUCCACCACUUUCUCAACCUUCAGCUCUGCCAUCAGCAGCAUCAGCUGUUACGACUCCUGCUCCCACCAGCGCCACUGCUGCUGCUAUGGCUGCGGCAACUUCUCUGGUUUCUCAUCCGUCACUUGGCCUCACUGCUUCUUCCAGGGAAGACGUGCUUGCCAGGGCAGCCGCCCUUGGCCGGGGUGCUGCCACAACAGGUUUCAAGAGGUUUCUGGCUCUAACUGAAGCUGCAAAAGACCGAAAAGACGGACCUUUCAGAAAGCUUUUCAAUGCUUAAAAGAGUCAUUUUUAUACAAAUUUUUGUUUCUGUUUUCAGUUGUACUAUAAAUACGUUCUACUUACGGACCAUUAGCUGGAGUGUGUAGAAGGAUAUUAAUAUUUGUGCACAGAGAUGGCAAAGGCAGGUGUUCCUACCGAGAUGCCUUGGUUUUGCUGUUUUGACCGGAUGGAAGGGGUCGAUUAGCUUGCUAACCCCUCUAAGGAGUUGGAAAAAUGAUAUCAUAUUAAUUAUAGUUAUUUUUUGUAUUAAAUUCGUGUUGCACUUAAUAAUUUUGUGAAUUAAAAAUUCAUAUUAAUU